AUGUAGAGCUUCAACACCACGAUACAAGGAACUCACUUUCACAGUCUAAUUCUCACAUACAAUUCUUUUGUUCUGAAACCAUUUGGAAGAACGGCCAAAAUGGACACCCCACCCUCCGAAAUGGACAAGUCAACCACCUUCCUCCACCUCACCACCCUCCUCUACCUCCUCCUCCAAUCCCUCCCCCUCCUCCUCUGGCCCUCUUUAACAACAACCAUCCUCACGCCCCCAAACUACUACCCCCCCUCCUCUUCCGAUCUCGUCUCAACCUACCUCGCCCGCACCCUCGCCCUAACAAACCUAACCCUCGCCGCCCUCCUCCUCGCCCUCUCCGGCCUCCUCCCCUUAAGCCCUUCCCCAUCCCCUUACUCCUCCGCCGCAGUCCUCAUCACAACACUAUACCACUCCGCCACGGGGGUAUACUCCUACACCCGGUACACCACCCCCCGCACCUCCCAACCGAUCCACCUCUUGGGCUGUCUAGCAAGCAGUUUUCUCGCUUGCGUAGGGCUCUACGUCCUCCUAUUCGGAGAUGGGAAAAGACUGAGCAGGCGGACCGGGGCGGAUAAAGCUACCAGCGGGUGGCCUUUCAGGAAUAAAGAGGCGGAUAGGAAGAAGAAGAAGAAGUCGGGUUGAGGCCUCAGGAUGAGGAUGAGGAAAGGGUUGGACAUUGGACAUAGGAAAAAAACCUUGUGUGUGUGUGUGUGUCAUACGAGGUGUAAAAUGGCAUGUUUUGUGGUUAUAGUCUAUAAUGCUCUCGCAUGUCAUGGACAGAAGAAAACAGAGAUAAUGCCAGGGGGAAAUAGGGACCUUCAAAGAUAGGUAGCCAGCCC